AGACUUUUUAUUUACGAAGGUUACAGUAUCUGCGUCGCUAAUCAAUCCAACCUCCAACCCGAAUAAAUUUAGGCCACCCAACUACACCGAACCCAACUCGAACUCAACUCCAGGUCAUGACAAGUAUUUUGAGUCUACGAGAUGACUGAGGUGGAGGUCAACGGUACGGGCAAGGUGGAUUUGGAUCUCAGUGCUACAAAAGUAGCAUUGUCUUCCUCCUCCACCAAGAUUCGUUUGGGCAACCUACACGCCCUCGAAGAAAGGCUUUCGAACAAUGAAAUAAGCCACGGGCUUUUCCCGCCUCUUCUACGACUUCUUUUCGUCACAUAUCCAUACUACCACGAUCGAACUUCACGGCGAGCUGUACAACGAUGCAUACGGGCCAUAUUCAGUUCCGGGUGCGCCCCAGAGGCUUUGGAAGAGUUUGUAAGGACCAUUGAUGCGGAAACUGCAAAGCAAGGGCUCGCCCCAGGGAAUGCCUUUGUCCUGGUAGAAUGGUGUAGCAUACUGCUGCAAGAAAUCGCUGGCACGACAUACUGGGAGAAAUGGGGCCAAAUUACUAUUCAGAGCAACGCCCGCGUCCUCGAACUCUGUCUCGGUGAAUCGACCAGGUCCAACAUGAGGCAGGCGGCGCUUGUCAUUACUAGACGUGGGCUGCGAAAAGCGUUCUCCGCUGGCGACGCUAUGGAAAAAUUGAUUGGGGAUGCAGUCUGCAUGCUCUCUUCGAAAGGGCCCCAGCCAUCCACGAAGAAUGCCGUUAUGUUAGGAGUUAUUGCUGGAGUUUGUGCAAGGAAAUCAGAGGCCAAGAAGAUCCUUUCGAGCAACGCAUCUGAAUACUAUGCCUUCUACAUUCGAGAAAUCAUUGGAUCACGAACCCCAGUACCAGACCACAUAUCCAAGGCAUUGGGGGACUUUUUCAUUGCCUUCACUACGUCGGAAGACGUUGAGAAAGUAAUUGUCCCUGCACUUGAGAAGGCUCUUCUCCGAGCUCCAGAAAUCGUGCUCAAUGAUUUAGUUACUCCACUCUUCCAUUCUUUCGGGGAAAGCAUCGACCUUUCGAGUGUUCUUCGAAACAAUCUCUUAAAGCCGUUAUUAGCAAAUACCAAGUCUACAAAUGCUGUUGUGCGACAUGGCGCUUUCUCGGCCUUCAAGGCUGCCGUCCAUAAGAGCCACGACUCAGACUUGAUUAUUCAGAUUGCCCAAGAGAUACUUGUUCCAUUAAAAAGUGGGAAAGUGCCGUCUGCGGAGCAGAGAGCAUACUAUGCGGAUAUGCUCACAGUGCUACCUCCUUCAAAGGCUGCAGUGACUCAUGUGACACCUGCAAUGGCCAUUAUUGCUGGGAAAGAAGCCAACGAAGCAGCCCUUCAAUCGGAGACUUUAACGGUUCUUCAUUAUGUCACCUGGGGUCUUUUCAACGAUCUAGAGAUCGACAAACAGGUCAUUGAUGCUUUCGUCAAAGGGCUCUCUGAUAAAAAAGUGCCUGUCAAAAAGCUAUGGGCUGUACGGCUGGGAGAGCUAUUCUUGGCCAUUGAGAGCGAGGAGCUUUUGAAGUCCAAAGCUUCUAAGCUUGCAGAGUCUACUAUUACAGCACUGAUGGAGAUAUGGCAAGAGGUCAUUGCAAAUCCUCUGGCGGCUGCACAGUCAGGCCUGGUAACUUGUGCCUAUAUCCUUACGGCAAUCGCUCAACCCAAGCUUGCCUUAUGCCCAACGGCGAAAGUCGAAGCGGCACUCAAGAAGGCUCAAGUUGAUCAUCAAGCCCUCAAAAUGGAACCAAAACCCUCGUUCUUACUGAAUCAGCGCAUCUACGGCAAACUCUCCAGCACAGAUGAUUUCAAAUGGUUCAUUCGUGCUUUAUCCUCUACAUCACAAGAGCUUGCUACCAUGGACGCAGUCUCAACAGUCUCCACUGCUUGGUCUCAAGCCAUUAUCUUCUGUAUCUGCUCAUCUAGCGUCACGCCGGAACUUCGAAACUUUUGUUCGAGAACACUCUCGCAACUCUACGCUCGUGAACCAGCACACAUUUCAGCAAUUAUGAUUGCCGGUCUUUGGCGUUGGCACCACUGUGUUGAGUCUGGUGAUAAGGAUAGUGCAGCUAUUAUAUCAAAAUCAGAGAACCAAAACCUCCACAUUAUCGUCAAGUCAAUUUGUCUCUCUACAGAGGAAAUGGCUAAGCUGGGCGGCGAAGUUGAUCUUGUAGUUCGGAGACAGCAGAUGAUUUCAUUACUUGUCUUGUCAAGACCAGAAUUGAUCCCACGAGUCAACUGGAUCGAAUUAUGUCUACGAGUUCAAGUAGACCCAGGAGAGCUGGCGAGAACCUCCGAAGACGCCUUAAUGCAGCAAAUUAUUGACUCAACCAGCUUCAACGAAGAAACAUCACAGACGUCCGAAAGUGUCAAGAAAGCAGCUUUUAAUGCUGCCGCUGAACUUGCUUUCGUAGCACCAGAUACAAUGAUAUCUCGUAUCGUAAAGCUAAUCGAAAACGAUCUCAAUCCUUCACAGCUUGUCACUGUCGGUCCAACAGAGGCGGCUAUUUUCCGCACCGAGGAAGGUACUGCAUUUGUAGAUGUGCUUGCUUCGAAGUCUCAGGGUUAUGUGCCCAACAAGAACACCAAGGAUUACGAUACCCUAAAGUGGGAGGAAGAAUUACGUGCCCAAUUGGCCCAGAAAAAGGGCCAGCAGAAGAAGCUUACAUCUGAAGAGAGUGCCAAAGUCAAAGCCCAAUUGAAGAAGGAAGCCAGCAUUCGUCUCGACAUACGAUACCUUGAAGCAAGACUUCUACGUGGAAUCGGAAUCAUCAAGAGUCUUGCAACCGGGCCUCCAACAGAAGCAAGCCUCUGGAUGGGACCCGCCGUGAAAGCUUUGGUGGAUGUGAUUAAUGCCGGGGCGGGCUUGAUAACUGCCAAUGCCGCUCCCGAAGCAUACGUUCUGUGUGCAGAGAUUUUGCCUAGUCGUAUUGGUGUCCUCCGACCAUUCAUCGGCAUUGCAACAUUGAGAGCUCUCGAUGUUCCGCACCUAGCUCAAGAGCUGGUACAAGAACCACUAGGCGCUCUCAUUACUCGAGUUCUCUAUCGACUUCGAUUUUCUGGAGAACAGCGACCCUUUGACACUGUUUCUUUGACAUACAUCCUCCCUCUCGUGUUCUUGGUGCUCCGGAAAGGUGGGUUUGGUGAUUCUGACGAUGCUGAAGCACAGCUUGUCUUAGCUUUGGAGUUCCUCACCUUUCACACUGAUGCGUGCUCUGACAUUCUUGUACCACGCCAGGAAGUAUUGUCAAUACUGAUAUUUUCCAUGCAAACCUACAACCAGCACUACAAGAUCGUCAAGGAUUGCUUGGCAGACCUUUGUCGUUGCCUCGCUCCAAAUAUCACCAACCAAGAGAUCGCAAUUCUUGCCAGAGGUGCUAUUGUUCCACAAAUUUCCGUCCGAACCGCCGUUUUGCAGUCUAUCAGCGCCGACAUUGACAUGAGCGAACUUGAUUUCUCGGAAGAAAUAUGGUUGGCUUGCCAUGAUGAUGUCAGUGAGAAUGUAGAAAUCGGAAAAGAGAUAUGGGAGGAGAGUGACUUCAAGAUUGCAGCCAACACGCCGUCCACAAUGUUAACAUAUCUUGAAAGUCCCGAUAAGCAACUUAGAAGGGCAGCUGCGCGGUCAUUAGCUUCGGCUGUGAAGGUACAGCCGUCCACAUUUCAUGAUACGUUAUCACGCCUAGAGUCCACCUACCAAGAACUGGCCAAGCCACGUGUUCCUCAGCUUGACGAGUACGGCAUGCCUAAAAAGAUGGAUCUCUCGGACCCAUGGGAGGCCAGGAACGGUAUUGCUCUAGCUUUCAAGGAGCUUGCUGCCGUCUUUGAAGAAAGCAUGCUCGAUGAGUUCCUCCGUUUCCUCAUUGAACAAGGUCCUCUGGGUGACAGAGAUCCCAACGUCCGAGAGCAGAUGGUAGAAGCUGCAACUGCCAUCAUUGCCAUUCAUGGCAAAGACAAAGUGGAAGAUCUGAUGAAAACAUUUGAGCAAACACUUGAGGCGCCUGACAAAGGUUCCGAAUUUGCAGACCGAGUCAACGAAGCUGUCAUUAUCAUGUACGGUGCUCUCGCUCGUCAUCUGAAGUCAGGGGAUUCUCGUGUGCCAAAGGUUGUCCAGAGACUUCUUGAUACUUUGAGUACACCUUCCGAGGCUGUUCAAUAUGCAGUUGCGGAAUGCUUACCACCCCUCGUAAGAGCAUCACGCGAGAACACCCCCGAAUAUGUCCAUUAUGUUCUUGAGCGCCUCUUCAACUCGAAGAAGUAUGCCGGACGACGUGGUGCGGCCUAUGGUCUUGCUGGAAUUGUCCACGGCAAAGGAAUAUCAGCUCUCAGGGAAUAUCGCGUCAUGUCAACAUUGAAGAGCGGGAUCGAAAACAAGAAGGAUAUCAACCAUCGCGAGGGUGCUCUACUCGCAUAUGAGCUUCUGUCGACGAUUCUGGGCCGUAUCUUUGAGCCAUAUGUUAUUCAAAUAGUGCCUCAGCUGCUUUCCAGCUUUGGGGACGCCAGUGCUGAUGUACGUGAUGGCUGCUUGGCCGCUGCAAAAGCUUGCUUUGCGAGCCUGAGCUCCUAUGGUGUCAAACGAAUCCUACCUACACUGCUAGAUGGUCUCGAUGACCAGCAAUGGCGAAGUAAGAAAGGUGCCUGUGAUCUUCUUGGUGCCAUGGCCUACCUCGAUCCCCAACAACUCGCGCAAAGUCUUCCCGAAAUCAUUCCACCUUUGACCGGUGUACUCAACGACAGUCACAAGGAAGUCCGACUUGCUGCCAAUCGAAGUUUGAAACGCUUCGGCGAGGUUAUAAAUAACCCAGAAAUCAAGGGUCUCGUCGACGUCCUUCUCAAGGCGUUGAGUGACCCUACCAAGUACACGGAUGGUGCUCUAGAUGCUCUGAUCAAGGUCUCUUUCAUCCAUUAUUUGGAUGCCCCAUCUCUUGCGCUCGUGGCUCGUAUCCUGGAGCGAGGCUUAGGAGACCGUUCAGCAACCAAGCGUAAAUCUGCACAGGUUAUUGGUAGUCUGGCACAUCUUACCGAGCGGAAAGAUCUGGUAGCUCAUCUGCCAAUCUUGGUUGCAGGACUCAAAAUUGCGGUGGUUGAUCCUGUCCCAACAACUCGUGCAACUGCUUCUAAGGCCUUGGGCUCUCUGAUCGAGAAGUUGGGCGAGGACGCCCUUCCAGAUCUUAUCCCUGGUCUGAUGCAAACCCUCAAAUCAGACACUGGUGCUGGUGACCGCCUUGGUUCUGCUCAAGCUCUCAGUGAAGUCCUUGCAGGUCUUGGAACAAGUCGUUUGGAGGAAACCCUUCCUACCAUUCUUCAAAAUGUUGCCUCUGCCAAGCCUUCUGUUCGGGAAGGCUUCAUGUCGCUGUUCAUAUUCUUGCCCGUCUGCUUCGGCAACAGCUUCGCAAACUACCUCAGCAGGAUCAUUCCCCCUAUUCUAUCUGGUCUUGCAGAUGACGUGGAAUCAAUUCGUGACACGUCUCUUCGUGCAGGUCGCUUACUUGUCAAGAACUUUGCUACCAAAUCCAUUGAUCUUCUGCUGCCAGAACUUGAGCGUGGCCUUGCUGAUGACAGCUACAGAAUUCGUCUCAGUUCCGUUGAGUUGGUCGGUGAUCUUCUCUUCAACCUCACUGGGAUCAGUUCUACAACAGAAGCAGAUGAAAUUGAGGAGGGUGCACAAGAGGCGGGAGUUUCGCUUUUGGAGGUGCUCGGCGAAGAGAAAAGAAACAAGGUUUUGUCUUCGCUAUACAUUUGUCGCUGCGAUACGUCCGGCUUGGUUCGAACUGCAGCUGUAAAUGUUUGGAAGGCACUUGUUGCCAGUCCUAGAACGCUGAAGGAACUCAUCCCGACACUAUCUCAACUUAUAAUUCGAAGACUGGGCAGCUCCAAUAUGGAGCAGAAAGUUAUUGCAGGAAACGCGCUUGGAGAGUUGAUUCGUAAGGCUGGAGAUGGUAUACUUUCAACUCUGCUACCAACCCUUGAAGAGGGCCUCCAGACAUCAACCGAUACAGAUGCCAAGCAGGGUAUCUGUAUUGCGUUGCGGGAAUUAAUAUCUUCUGCAUCCCCAGACGCAUUGGAAGACCACGAAAAGACACUAAUAUCUGUUGUUCGAAUUGCUCUGAUCGAUUCCGACGAAGAUGUCAGAGAGGCUGCAGCGGAAGCCUUCGACUCUUUACAACAGAUUCUCGGGAAAAGAGCCGUGGACCAGGUACUGCCUUAUCUCUUGAGUCUCUUGCGAACUGAAGACGAAGCCGACAACGCGUUGUCUGCUCUUCUGACACUUCUCACCGAGACUACUCGAUCCAACAUUAUUCUCCCCAAUUUGAUACCCACUCUUACCACAUCUCCGAUCUCGUCCUUUAACGCCAAAGCUCUUGCCUCCCUCUCAACGGUUGCUGGAUCCACAAUGACACGACGACUGCCGAGUAUUUUGAAUUCACUUAUGGAUAAUAUCAUGGCAUGCAAGGAUGAUGAACUCCGAGCUGAUCUCGACGCCUCUUUUGACACCGUCGUUCUGUCUAUCGACGAGUUCGAUGGCUUGAAUACCGCUAUGAGCGUACUGCUCGCACUGGUCAAGCACGAUGACCAUCGUAGAAGAGCUGCAACUGAUUAUCACCUUGCGAAGUUCUUCGCUUCAGCUACUGUCGACUAUUCUCGCUACAACCAAGACAUUAUUCGGGCAUUACUCGUCUCCUUCGACGACAGUGACAAAGAGGUUGUCAAGGCUGCUUGGACUGCGCUAUCCGAGUUCACGAAACAUCUCAAGAAAGAGGAAAUGGAAGCGCUUGUUUUUUCAACCCGACAAGUCCUGCAACAUGUAGGUGUUGCAGGCGCCAAUCUUCCAGGCUUCGCCCUACCGAAGGGCAUCAACGCAAUCCUACCUAUAUUCUUGCAAGGCUUGAUGAACGGCACCCCGGAACAGAGAACCCAAUCCGCUUUGGCUAUUUCUGAUAUCGUUGAUCGAACAAGCGGCGAUUCUCUGAAGCCUUUCGUUACCCAGAUCACUGGGCCGUUGAUCAGGGUUGUGUCUGAACGUUCCGUUGAUGUCAAAGCUGCAAUUUUGUUAACACUGAACAACCUUCUCGAGAAGAUUCCGACCUUUCUCAAGCCUUUCUUGCCCCAACUACAGCGGACUUUUGCCAAAUCUUUGGCUGACACAUCUAGCGAAGUUCUGAGAACGCGGGCAGCGAAAGCUUUAGGUACUCUGAUUACGUUGACCCCUCGUAUUGAUCCUUUGAUCGCGGAGUUGGUCACCGGUUCAAAAACAUCAGAUGCAGGUGUUCGCAAUGCUAUGCUAAAGGCACUGUAUGAAGUGAUUAGCAAGGCAGGAGCCAACAUGAGCGAAGCAUCAAGAGGAGCAGUUCUCAGCCUAAUCGAUACGGACUCCGAUGACAACGAUGUGUCUAUGGCCAUCACCAAUGCGAAAUUGCUUGCUGCCCUCAUCAAGAACGUGCCGGUAGAGGGCGCAGCUAGCCUUGUCAAGAAUCGUGUUUUACCAAACAACUUCAGCCAAUCAUCCGUACUAGCAUUGAAUGCUGUCCUGCUGGAAGCCUCAACAUCCCUCACGGAGACUGCCUUUGCAGGUGACUUGCCAUCGGCCAUCUGCCAAGGCAUGACAAGUAAGAAUAACUUCAUCUCGGACAAUUGUGUCUUAGCUGCAGGAAAGUAUUUACUUCUGGACAGCCGUAGCGACGACUACGAAGUCAUCAAGCCACUCUUCGAAGCACUCGCCAGUCUUAUUCAGCCUGGUAACUCUGUUGACACGCGUCGCUUGGCACUAGUAGUUAUUCGCACAACAUGCCGCCAUCACAUGGAUACUAUUCGACCACAUCUACCAUUACUGGCACUUCCAGUUUUCGCUAGUGUUCGAGAUCCCGUGAUUCCCGUCAAGCUAGCGGCUGAGGCCGCUUUCAUGGCUCUUUUCAAUGUCGUGGAGCUCGAGAGCAAGGUCUUUGACAAAUACAUUUCCACGCAAGACCUACCCGCCAAUCAAAAGAGAAGCAUGCAAGAUUAUUUCAAGCGUGUCGCCUUGAGGCUUGGUAAUACUGCACGAGAGAGAAAGGAAGCUGAAGGAGGACAGGGUGGAUUGGGACUUUCUAAUGAUGAAAUAGAUGAUGAGCGAGAGAUUUGGAGUGUGGGCAAAGUGGAUCUUGGAGAGGGUGCAUUUGAUGAGUGAAAUGAGUUACGAGAAAAGCAUGUAUCUGGUUAGAAAAAGGGCUGGUGCAUUGCAUGCGUCGAGGUUGG